UUGGGUCCGAAAGAGAGAGAAGAAAGAACGAGAGAAGAAAGAGGCUUGGCAGGAUCUCGCCCCGCUUUGGAUGGGUCUUGGGGCGCCCCUUUGUAUCGCCUCUUUUGCCCCUUCGAUCCGGAGAAAGCCCUGGCCAGCCUUUUCCCUUCUUCAAACCCAUUCCCCCUCUCAAGCCUCCCGAGGCUGCGGAUGGCACCGCAUCAGCCUGCUCAGCCCUUCAAAUUCACCAUUUCAGAAUCCUGUGAUCGGAUUAAGGAGGAGUUUCAGUUUUUGCAGGCUCAGUACCACAGUCUGAAGCUGGAGUGCGAAAAACUCGCCAGUGAAAAGACAGAGAUGCAGCGACAUUAUGUCAUGUAUUACGAAAUGUCGUAUGGGUUGAAUAUAGAGAUGCAUAAGCAGGCAGAAAUUGUCAAGAGGCUGAAUGCCAUCUGUGCCCAGGUCAUUCCCUUCCUGUCCCAGGAGCACCAGCAACAAGUGGUGCAGGCUGUGGAACGUGCCAAGCAAGUGACCAUGGCAGAACUGAACGCAAUCAUUGGGCAGCAGCAACUCCAGGCCCAGCAUUUAUCACAUGGACAUGGUCUCCCAGUGCCUCUCACUCCACACCCUUCAGGACUGCAGCCACCAGCAAUCCCUCCCAUUGGCAGCAGUGCUGGCCUUUUAGCCUUGUCAAGUGCCCUCGGGGGACAGUCCCAUCUUCCAAUCAAAGAUGAAAAGAAACAUCACGAUAAUGAUCACCAAAGAGACAGGGACUCCAUAAAGAGCUCAUCUGUGUCUCCGUCAGCCAGUUUCAGAGGCUCUGAGAAACACAGAAAUUCCACAGACUAUUCUUCUGAAAGCAAAAAGCAGAAGACAGAAGAAAAAGAAAUGGCAACUCGUUAUGAUAGUGAUGGUGAAAAAAGUGAUGAUAACCUGGUGGUUGAUGUUUCCAAUGAGGAUCCAUCAUCUCCACGAGGAAGCCCUGCACAUUCUCCAAGGGAGAACGGCUUGGACAAGACUCGUCUGCUCAAGAAAGAUGCACCAAUUAGCCCAGCCUCAAUAGCAUCUUCCAGCAGCACUCCUUCCUCAAAAUCCAAAGAACUUAGCCUUAAUGAGAAAUCCACCACACCUGUGUCUAAAUCAAGUACACCCACUCCACGAACUGAUGCUCCAACUCCAGGCAGUAAUUCUACCCCCGGAUUGAGGCCUGUUCCUGGCAAACCACCGGGAGUUGAUCCAUUAGUUUCAGGCUUAAGAACACCGAUGGCAGUACCAUGUCCUUACCCUACCCCAUUUGGAAUAGUGCCCCAUGCUGGAAUGAAUGGUGAACUGACGAGUCCAGGAGCUGCAUAUGCAGGUCUGCAUAACAUCUCUCCUCAAAUGAGUGCUGCUGCAGCAGCAGCAGCAGCGGCAGCAGCUUAUGGGAGGUCUCCAGUGGUUGGUUUUGAUCCACAUCAUCAUAUGCGAGUCCCAGGCAUCCCUCCGAAUCUGACAGGCAUCCCAGGAGGAAAACCAGCAUACUCAUUUCAUGUAAGUGCUGAUGGUCAAAUGCAGCCUGUACCUUUCCCUCCUGAUGCCCUCAUUGGACCAGGAAUCCCCCGUCAUGCUCGACAGAUUAACACCCUGAAUCAUGGAGAAGUGGUGUGUGCAGUUACUAUUAGCAAUCCCACGAGGCAUGUCUACACGGGUGGGAAGGGAUGCGUCAAGGUUUGGGACAUCAGUCAUCCAGGGAACAAGAGCCCGGUCUCCCAACUGGACUGUCUGAACAGAGAUAACUACAUCCGUUCCUGCAGAUUGCUCCCAGACGGCCGCACCCUGAUUGUUGGUGGGGAAGCCAGCACACUAUCUAUUUGGGACCUGGCAGCACCGACUCCACGUAUCAAAGCCGAGCUGACAUCAUCCGCCCCUGCCUGCUAUGCCCUAGCGAUCAGCCCGGAUUCCAAGGUCUGCUUCUCCUGCUGCAGUGAUGGGAACAUAGCAGUGUGGGACCUGCACAAUCAAACACUGGUCAGGCAAUUCCAGGGCCACACAGAUGGAGCCAGCUGCAUUGACAUUUCGAAUGAUGGUACCAAGCUCUGGACAGGAGGGUUAGACAAUACAGUGAGAUCUUGGGACUUGAGGGAAGGGAGGCAACUACAACAGCAUGACUUCACAUCACAGAUCUUUUCAUUGGGAUAUUGCCCUACUGGAGAAUGGUUGGCAGUAGGCAUGGAGAACAGCAACGUCGAAGUCUUGCAUGUCACAAAACCAGACAAAUACCAACUGCAUCUCCAUGAGAGUUGUGUGUUAUCCCUGAAAUUUGCUCACUGUGGCAAAUGGUUUGUAAGCACUGGAAAAGAUAAUCUUCUGAAUGCAUGGAGAACACCAUAUGGAGCCAGUAUAUUUCAGUCCAAAGAGUCAUCCUCUGUGCUAAGCUGUGACAUCUCUGUGGAUGACAAAUACAUUGUCACUGGCUCUGGGGACAAGAAGGCUACAGUCUAUGAAGUUAUUUAUUAGAGACAAAUCUGAAUGAAAAUUGUACUCCUCCUUGUAGCACUUUGCUGUAUAUUACUUUUUUUCCUUCCCAAACUGAGGACUGAAAAUGUUCAUCGCAAUUAUGGAUUUGCCCCGCUAAAUUUGCUAUUUAAUAGCAAGCUUUCUUUUAAGAACUUGUCAAACCAAAUCUCCAGCUAUCUACUUGGAAUUAAGAUGGAAUAAGCAUACUUAACAGGGAACUGACUCUUUUAAUUAUGUAUCAUAGUGUAAUGUAUUUAUUUUGUUUAAAGAAAUCUUUUUAACAAGGAACUGACUAAAUAAAGUAGUUUGCUUCUGCCUUGAAUUGGAAGAGAAGUACAAUAAAAUGUCUCAAAGAAUCACCUUCAUCCCUCCUGGACAUUUUUGCCACAUUUCUUUGAAAAGGGAGAUGUGCGUCUUUGGGCAAUUUUGCAGUUACAAAGAUUACAGGAAAAUAUUUGAUACAUUCAUUGGAAAUGGCACUAAGAAGGGAAUGGAUUCCUACAAGUGUGCAAACUACAUAAAAGCGAGGACCUCAGAGGUAGGAUUUAGAAGAGCACUCAUUCUGAAGUGCGGAACAGAAUGGAUUUUCACUUGGGAGAAGGACUUGCUUUAUUUACUGCCAGUUCUAUCCAAGUCUUAGUUUAACGUCCCUGAAAUGGACGGAGGCUGAGCCAUUGUGCCAGAAACAUUGUGUUAUCUUUUUAUGUUGUUGUUGUUGCUGUUAAACUAUGACCUGUGACAUAUUUUUUUUGAAUGCUUUAAAAAAAUCUUUAAGUCUGUGGAUCUGCUGAUGUACAGUGCCUUUGCUGCUAUGGAUCAAAUCAAAAGAACUGUGUAGAUAAACCUUUAUUGUGUAAGUAGAAAAUUACUUAAUUUCUUACUAGAAAUGGGUUAAUGCUGCAAGUUGAAAUGGACUGUUCAUUGAAGUUCCAAAUGUGGUAGCAAAAAAACGAAAAAGAAAAAAAGAAUUGUGUUAAGUGCUCAGUGUUUGAUGUCAUUAACAGUUUCGUAAUACUCUACAGUGUAGAAAGAUUUUGAUACUAAACUGUGUCAUUGUACAUAGUUCUAAUGCAUUGUAUUGACCACAAGUACUUCUAUAAUGGUAGAUUAUUGUUUGUGCAUUCAAACUUUUAAGCAUUAAACAUAAGUAACUUGUAA